UGUGCCAGACCUGUUUCAUCCAUUCAAAGAAGUAACAGCUUAAUAGGGAAUCCUUUUACUUGUCAACUCGACAGUAUAGUUUUGUAAAACAAUUCUUCCUCCUCCGUUAUUUCUUUGUAGAUCCAAUAAUAUUUUAUGACUCUUCUCUUUCUCUGUUUUUCGUUUAAGAUUUCAAAUUUCUUUUCAGGUUUCAUUGUCUACGUGACAUUCAUCGAGGAUAUGGGGACUAUUAUAACGAAAAGCAUGGAGGAAAAUCUCCGAAGAAAUCAAGAAUUCAUUACUGAAAUGAACAAAAUUACGGUUGAGCGACAAAUACAAAUGCAAAAUCAGAUGCGAGAACGAAUGACGGCAAUGCAGAUAGCACGAGCACGUGAGCUCCUGUAUUGGUUUGGAUCGUUCUAUGCACUUGCUACAUUAGGGAUGGUUGCCGGUUUUCGUCGUACCAGGAAGCCUGGUGUACUCAUACCUUUACUGCCUCUCACCUUCAUAACUGCAUAUCAAGCAGAUAUGGCAUAUGGAAACAAGUUACAUAGGUUAAGAGCUGAAGCAGAGAACAUAAUGCAGUUUGAAACUGAUCUUUUGGAGUUGCCUUGCGGCCUCCCAACAGCAUCUACUAUUGAUCAAGCUCGACUUGACACUGAUGAGAAGAAGAAAUUCCAUCCUUCUGUGCCCCCACUACAUCAUGAUCUUCAUUAUUAUUUUCAUCCUCAGGCACCAUCUUCCUAUCCACAAUCACAACCACCACCAUCACCACCACCACCACCACCACCAUCAUCACCAUCAUUGCCAUCACCAUUACCACCACCACCACCACCACCAUCGUUACCAUCACCACCACCAUCGACGUCACCAUCAACACUGUCAUCACAGUCUCCACCAUACUCAUCUAAUGAAUUAUUCUUUUGUGAUAGAAUGAAAUUACCACCAAAUUCCAUUUUGCCGAUUAUCAACGGCGCCUUCAUUAUCAAUAUGGGUUCUAUAGUAACGAAAAGCAUGGAGCAAAGUUUCCGCAAAAAUCAAGAACUAAUGAUCGAAAUGAACAAAAUUGCGGUCGAGCGACAAAUACAAAUGCAAAAUCAGAUGCGAGAACGGGCGACUGCAGUGCAGAUAGCAAGAGCUCGUGAUCUCGUAAACUGGAUUGGAUCAUUCUACACACUCGCUGCGUUAGGGAUAAUUGUGGGUUUCCGUCGUACCAGGAAGCCGAUUGUAUUUGUGCCCCUACUUCCUCUUACCUUUGUAACUGCCUAUCACAUAGAUAUGGCGUAUGGGAACAAGUUACACAGAUUAAGAGUUGAAGCAGAGAACAUAAUGCAGAGUGAGUCUGAUCUUCUGGCCUUGCCAUGUGGCCUCCCAACGACUUCUUCUAUUGAUCAAGCUCGUCUUAAAACUCAUGAGUGACAACACAUUUAUGGCUGAAAAUAUGUGAUAUUAAUGAAUAUCAGUAUUGAGCAACAUUGGAUCUAUGGCAAGAAAACUCGAAACGAUGGCUAGAAAUAAUUCUUUGAGAUGGCCUUGGAGCAAAUGUUGCAAAGCCUUCGAUUUUAAUAGGAAUAUAGUAUAUUCAAAAUAUUUCGGUAAAUAAGUCAACAUUUAUGAAGUAAUGUAUUUUAAAUUUGAUUUAUUGUAAAAUUCGUUUAAGUUUUCACCAUGUAAUAUAUUAAUUUCUCAGCUACAAAAAAAUCCAUUUCGAACUUUCACUAAUUAUUAUCACUCAAACAUGAUUCAUGCGAAACAUUACCAGAGGUCUUUCAUUAUUUUGAUCUAAUGAAUGUCUCUGUUUUUCAAUGAAGUCAAUUCAUACAACUACGAAAAAAAUCAGAUUUAUUUUCAAAUGGCAAGACAUGUUGCAGAAAUCUGCAUUGAAGGUGAAUAUUCUUGUUGUGGCAGUUCUAUAUUCAAAUAUUAUAUAUCCUUAAUCGUUUACGAUCUUCGAAUUAGUUUGCAGGAAUUUUCAUUCACCAUUCUUGCCGUUUGUCUCCGAGAUGGUUAUGCCAUAAAAAUAGUUAACUGCGACUAUAUUGUUGCUCAGCUUUAUAUUCAAAUAAAGAAGAGACGUUUUAUGCAUGAACCAAAAAGCAACUGCCAGUAGCGACAAAUUAUGUCAUGGAAACUAAAAUUCUUUUCAUAGUUAUUACUUUUUACAUGGCUUUAUUUUACUUCUAUCACGUUG